GUCAGCUCGAAUACGUCGAGACUUGUGCUGGGUACAUACCCGUCAGUCUCCCCCCGCUCACCAACAGCGGAAAACAACACGGGAAGCGUUCUUGGAUUGCCUCUGCUGCAGGUCUCGAGUAGGCGGUAGCAAUGGCCCUAGCCGCCCCGUAGCAUCGUCAUCCGCAUCUACCCUGGACCCAGCGAAGCUCAUCGGUCGCCUCGACAAGCAAUUGCAGCGACCGCACUCGCAACCGCACGAUGGGCUCACCCCGAACGAGGUACAAGUCUUCAACGAAACGUUCAUAAUGUUGAAGCACGCCGUCGAUUCGGCCGACCCGCGUCAGGCAUGGCACGUCUGGAGGGUCCUUAGCGAUCGCCACAUGCUGCGCUUCCUCGGACCCGUCCAAACGGACAUGUUCUCCAGACUCGUGGUCACCAUCUGCGCGAAGAGGGGUCAAUAUUCGGCUUGGUCGGACCUGGAGAAGAAGGCGUUACCGGAGUUCGCACUGUGCGCGGCGGGGAGUGGGGUGUCCCACGGGCUCAGGCAGUGUAUGCUCGCCCACAUCUUGGAUAAUAACUCCCAGGCCGUCAUCGAGCUAUACGAACGCUACUGGGCGUUGCUGGAGACGAAGGCACCGUCGCUGGAGAUGUUCCGGGAAGAAGACCAGGGUUCUGCGGAACCAGAACAUGACGGCGACAGUCCUACGGGUUCCCCACGAAGCCCGGCUGCGAAAUUUGUCCGCAGUGACAUCUUCCUCGCCACUAUUACUGCCUUCGCCAUGCAGAAUUCCUUUGCUGGCGCUUUGCGGAUGGCUCUACAGACUACAGUUCGUGCACCUCACAAACAUACCCUCCCCUGGCUGAAGCUGCUCCCCGACGAGUUGAGGAAGCGAGUCGAGAUCUUCGUGCGCCGCCUCGACGCCGCAAAACUACUCGCCCGUCCCUCCGCUCUCGCGAAGCAGUUCUCUAACCUCACGAGAGACCAAGCGCUGCAGGCCAUACAACAACUCUAUCGCCGUAUCAUGGAAGGUCUGACGGGACCUGACCGAUGGUUAACCGUCUCGCAAACCCAGAAAGACGCAGACAAGCUGCUCGUCGUUCCCGAGCUCACAUGGCCAUCUUUCAUUACGGCGUUCAUGCGUUGUCGCCGCACGGACCUCGUGCAGAAGCUAUGGGACGACGUAACCCGACUGGGCAUCCGACCUCCCUUGCCGAUGUGGACGGCUCUCAUCGAAGGGUACGCCGAACUCAAGGCGCCGCACGACGCUCUGAGUACAUGGAACCUCAUGCUCAACCAAGGCGUGAAGCCGGACGCGUUGGCUUAUCGUGCUGUCAUUUACGCGUCGUAUCAUUCGGGCGAGGUUGACGAUGCUCUGAAGCGGUUCGAAAACUUUCAGCAUGAACUGCCGAAGAUGUCCCCGCCUCCUGAAGAGGGGACCGUGUUGGUCGUCUAUAACACGAUACUACAUGGCCUGCUCUUUUACAAUCGGGAUGAACAAGCGCGCGCUCUGCUAGAACACAUGCUAUCCAAGGGUCCUCACCCUGACAUCGUGACCUACAACACCUUCCUCCGCUGGUACGCGCGGAAUGAUCAACUGAAGUCACUCGCCGAGGUUCUGCAGAUGCUCGAACCCACCGGAUUAAAGGGAGAUGUGUACACGUUCUCGAUUGUCCUCUCCGCUCUCAUGAAGGUCCGGGACGACGCAGCGCAGAUCAUGCUCAAUCUCAUGCACAGACACGGCGUCCAACCGAAUACGGCCACCAUGACUUCCAUCAUCGAUCACCAGAUGAAGACGCAAACCGAGGUUGGCUUCCGCUCGGCGUUCGACCUUCUGGGUAGGAUGGAAAGAGGCGAAAUCGAGGACGCGAAGCCAAAUGAUGUGACGUACACGGCAAUGCUCACAGCGAUCCACCGCAGCGACUGGCUCGGCAAGGAGGUCAUCGAUGAAUACCGUCAGACGAUGUGGGACCGAAUGAAGGAUCGGGGUAUCAGACCGAAGAGGGCGACAUACAAUCUUCUCAUUAACGCGUGUCUGGACAACCAGGACCCGGACGGCGUGCAGCAGGCUAUGCGGUACUAUCGGGAUAUGACGAGGAAGGAUGGGUUCAUAGCGAGCGAUACGUGGUACAUCCUGUUGCGGGGCCUUGUGCGCCGGCGGGAAUGGGCGGUGGCGAACGAGCUUGUGGAGGAUAUGCGGCAGAGAGGGUUUGAGGCACCGGGUGCGCUUGCAGAGUUGAUACGUAGAGUUAGGAUGCAGGCUAGCCAGGCUGGCGAGAGAAAGGCGGGGCCGGCGAGCCACUUCUGAUUCGCAGACAGGAGGUGUCAUGACGCAUUGAGCUCGCCAAAAAAGAAGGACGUGCCGAGUCCCACUCUCAGGUACCUGGCAUACGCUGUGUAGCUCCACUUCCUGCCCAACCAGCGGCCAAAAAUGGGCAUGAGGACGACGGCGAGGAGCUGCUGCAGCUGGCCGAGGCUCUCGCGCCACUCCUGCUCUGCGAGGCGGUCGUCGUCGUCUGUGCCGUACGAGGCGUCGGAGGCGACGGAGACGCUGUCGAGGGAGUCGACGGAGUGGGACAUGGCGAGUGCGGACACUGGGGCAGCC